CUUGACCUUUUUUUCCUUCUUUUUUUUUUUAUGACAGUAAAUGGAUCACACCAUUUUGAAAUUGGCAAAACAGACUAAUCGAACUGCUCUCAAGGAAUAUGUUGCAAGCUUGACAUCUGACCAGAUUGAAACCCUCCUCAAAAACAAGUUUUCACAAUCUACUCAUGCUGGCAUUGAUCCUAUUUUGGUUAUACGUGGACUUUUAUUAGGUGAUCCCAAUGGCAUGCAGACUCGUUUAGUGAUUACAAAGACAAUUAUUGACUGGCUAGGUACUGAAACGGAAUCCACCAAUGGCUCGGGAACAAAAGUCAAACUUGCAACUACAGCUAUCAACCUGCUUUUACCAGAGAUAGAGAUAUUUACACCAGGAAUGAUUGAAGAAAUAGCACAACAAAUCAUUCAACUUAUUGAAAAUAAUGUUCCUGUCCAACCCCGAAUCUUUGAAAUCUUAGGAAAAUCAUACAACUUAUUAUCAGCAAUGGAAGCAAAUGAUAGAACAAAAACCAUACUAAAUCAAAUAUGUGACUCAAAUUGGCAUCCGAACUCUACAGUUGGCUUAGCAUCUUGUAUGAAUGAAAUGGAAUUGGCAACCCCACAACUGAAUCAAGUGAUCAAAAGGAUGUUAUUACAACUCAAAGAGCUUGAAACUGAAGAAGUACCUCCAUUUAUAUACCAGUUACUCUUACUCUCUAGAAAGGGUAACAAGCGAGAAAUUCUUGCCGGCAUAUGUCAGUUCUUCGAUUGGCUUCAUAACUCUCCAAUACAAGACGAUACGUCGAGAAUGGAAGGAACAGUUAUGCUUCACAUAUCGUUUGCCAUCAAACAAGAUCAGGAACUUGGUAUGGAAUUGGUCAAAUAUAUCAAGAGUGACAAGGCAUUAUUACUAGAAAAAUUCAAGAUGGCUUGUUUGUUAUCGGCUGCACGCAUACAUCGACUGGAAGAAAUCAUAUUUGAUCUAUUAAAAACAACUGUUAUAUCCAUUUACAAGGACAGCGACAAAUUUGACAAAUCUUCUUGGAUCAUUGAAUAUGCCAACAUUGACACAUGUGCAUUACGAAAGGUACUUUUAGACAUUGCAGACAAAUCAGCAUCAGGAUGGGAUCAAGUUAUACAAAGUUUGACACAAUUGGCAAUGGUACUUAUUGAUGGAGCAACAAACCCAACCCCACUGAAAGCACCUGGUACCAUUGUACGAAGCAAAAGACCAAAACCUGGACCUUUGGACGAAGUGAUUUCUCUUGGUAUAGAUAUUCUGUUGAAAAUGUUCAAGCUCCAUGAUAUCACUCGAGCCGAAAUUUUGGAACAAAUCACAUCACGUGUCGUAUCCCGAUCAAGUAGUUCCAUGCACUUUUUGGAUCUCCUGGAAACUCUUACUACAAACUGUCCAUAUGAAAUAGAAAAAUAUAUCAGUAACAUCAAAGAUACCUUGGAUUACCUAUCGUUCCUGUCACAUCCUACAGCAAAAAGACUUCUCACCGCGAUUCAACCUGUCUCUUGCGGUAACUAUCAAUUCCGAGAUGGGUUGAUACUGGUAUUACGAAAAAGCAUGUUUGCAAGAGAAUUGGAUAGCAGAAUGAUUGCAGUGAAUGGAUUCCUUAGCCUUUUACAAAAUCAACUUGAUACAACCAAACAGACGUCAUCUUCACGUAUAGAGGCGACCGAGGGUGUUGCGUUCGAAAUAUUAGGAUUGUUACGACGGUGCUUUAGUCAACAAUGCGAAGUCCGUGCAGAAGCAUAUGAUGGACUUGGAGCCUUAUCAAUACAAUGUGAGUCUCUCUCUGGUGAUAUUUUUGAAAUAUUAUAUGCACAGUUCCUACAUUAUUUUGAAACUGAUAAUGGUGUUGUGACUCCUUUACAACUAUCAUCAUGUGUGGAAAGUAAUGUCAAGUCAAGAUUGUUAGAGCCUAUUCACCUGCUUUUGGCCAACUUACUCAAGACGGUACGGAAUUUGAAGAAUGGGAAGCAUCAUUCUGUGAUUACUUCAGCUCUUACUUCAUGUAAAGAGCAUAUAAAGUCAUUGACCUUUCGACUUACCAAGUUGGACACAGAGGAUUAUGAACUCGACAAGGCAACCAAUUUUGAUACUACAACUUCUACUGGGUUACGCUACUAUUAUUUUGCUGAAUUACUCUUAGGAACUUUGGAUACUGUGAUGGAAUAUGAAUUUAUCACUCAAGGUGAUACUGUUGAAUCUUGUCAAGUUAUUAUCACUCUAUUCAAGAAACGGAAAACGUUAUUGACUCUGAUUAAGGAAAACAGUAGCAAGGAUAAAGGACGCAAGUUAUCUUCUCUUGGUACAUCAUCAUUAUUGAGUUUGGAAUUCACUGCAAAAAUCACAAAAGCUCUCUUCUUACAAGGUGAUCGACAAUCUCCUAUCUUGAUGCUACGUUCAGAUAUUGAUUUCUUACAUUAUAUCGUAUCUAUCACACCAAUUGUACUGGCUACUACGGUAGAUAAUGAAAAGAUACGACAAGAUAACAUAUACUUUGAAUAUUGUGUUGAUCUGGCCAAAGUUUACACACAUAUUCUCAUUCACGAAGAUUCUGAUAGCAGUUUCAUCAAUCAUCAACCAAAAAAGGGUCAAUCUCUCUUAGCAUCUGUCACAGCAAGUUUGAAGUAUAUUCUGGAUCUUACCUACAAUUUGUGGCCUGAUCGACUACCUACAUUAUUAUCUCAAUUACAAUCCAUGUCAAACGUUGAACAUCCAUCUGAAAAGGUCAAUACUGUUAUUACUGAUUUACUCAACCAAUUCAAGGAAAUUUUGGACAAACAUUUGAAUGCUCAGACACCGCUUUAUAAAGAGUCAGCAUAUGUUAUUCAAGUGAUUUCAUUUCUUGCCAAUCAAUUGGACCGUACGGAGGACGAUUUUGCUGAUCAUUCCAAUAGGGUGAUACAAUGGCUCACAAAACUUGCGCAAGAUCGACCUAUUGAAGAUACUGGUGUGGCCAAAGAAAUCAUGACAUUACUUAUUCAACUCUCUGCCGACUCGAAUCAAUUGGAUGUGAUCAAAGCAAUGGCGGAAGAUAUACAUGCUCUACAAGGGGAAGUAGAGAUCAAUGAAGAUAGCCAGGCGGAUGUAACUCUCACUUAUCCAUUGAUUAAUGCCAAAACCCAUGGUGUUAUUACAGCUCUUCUCCUUUCCUUUACUGAUCAAUCGAAUGAUAGUAUGAUAUGGUGUAUUGGUCGGUUGAAAAUUUCAGCCAUGUCGAAUGAUAUAGAUCAGCAUUCUGAAUUUGAAAAGAUGAUCUGUGAUCGUCUUGCAUCCUAUGUGGAUAUUGUGAGUGAACUCACCAGGGCGGCUCUAGUUGGUUCUCAUGCGGAAACUCUCAUCAAAGUGUUAACAAAAACAUAUCGAACUUUCACUGCGUUUGUGAAAUAUAAAAUGACGAAUUUGAAAAUCGAACUUUCUCAAAAUGUCAUUCAACUGAUUGCUAAUGUGGGAAGUAAGGUGACGGAUAAAAUGUACAAGUUCUUGACAAUGUAUGCUCAUCAUCGACAAGAAGAAUAUGAAUUUUCUGGGACUAAAAAGGGCAAGAAGAAGGAAAUCAAUGCAAGAGAAAAGGCCAAGAUUUUACGUGAAGCCAAAACAAUUCCAGGUUUGAUUUUUGUGGUAGAACAAUUUGAACGACAUUUGAUUCAAUUGACUCGAAAAUCCAAAGUGGAUUUGAUGCAAUAUAUGAAACGAAGUACAUCUCGCGAUUUUCAAAUCAAAUUGGACAAGUAUGUGGAAUCUAGUUCAGAUGACGAUGACAAGAACCCAAAAAGACCUCGUGUUGAACCAUAUGAUGAAGAAGAAGAAGACGAUCAAAUCUUGGAUUCGGAAUCAGAUCAAGAAACAAGUAGUGGGCCAAGGAAAAGGACAAGGCAAUGAUGAUAUGUCUUAUGUAGAAUAGUGUGAUUAUCUUAAUCAAAUGAAUAAUAAUAAAAAAAAAAAACAAGUGUAUCUUUAUCUGUUUAUUUG